AUGAAACGUCUUCUCUAUAUAUUAUUUUCACUGAUCAGUGAAGCUUUCAUACCAAUUGCAAGUCAAUGUGCCGGUGGUAUUUGGCCUAUACAAGAUCCAACUAUUGGCUCAUAUACUGUGUCAUGGAGAUAUAAUCCGGCUUCGAAUACAGUUCAAUUUAUUAUUCAAGGACAAGCAAUAGCUGCUGUGGAUCUUACAUCGACCUAUAUUGCAAUUGGGUGGUCCGAUAAAGCACCAACUAUGACAAGUAUGGAUGUUGCAAUCUACUUUCCUGGAACGCAGAUAGUUCAAGAUCGAUAUUCUCAAGGACAUAAUACACCAUCAGUGGAUACUCAACAAGAUUUUUGUGUUAUUCAAUCAAAUUUAACUGAUAAAAAUGUUUACGUUUCAUUUGAACGAUUUGUAACAACAGGCGAUACGAAAGAUAUUAGUUUUAGUUCAAAUCUUUAUCUCAUGUUCGCUAUGGGUCCAUACACAUUUUCAAGCAAUACCAGUAGGCUCAGUCCUCAACAUCAUUUUUUUCGUAUUGCAUUACAACGCAGUUUAAGUCUUAUCAAUUGUGUUUCAAUUGGCUGUUCAACAACACCUUGUACAAUAACAUCCUGUCCAUGUUUACAACAGAUUAUAUUGGAUACUGCACAAUGUGUUUGUUUCCUUCCAUCACCAUGCAUUUCAGGCUCAACAAUUACACCAAGCCCAUCAACAUCAACAACACUACCAUCAACAUCAACAACAACUUCAUUAACAACACUACCAUCAACAAUAACAACAACUUCAUUAACAACACUACCAUCGACAACGAUGAAUGGUACAUGUCAAAAUCUAGGAAAUUCAUGUUCACCGAAUGGAAUCUGCCUUCAGACUACAGCAACACAAUUUAUAUGUCAAUGUAAAAACAAUUAUACAGGUUUACUUUGUCAAAUGCCAUUAUUUUCAAAUGCUACUGCAAACCCAAAUUCAUGCCAAUGCGCUAAUGGAGGAACGUGCUUAACCAAUGGAACUUGUAUUUGUACUGAUCUUUAUCGAGGAGCAUUUUGUCAAUUAAAUAAUCCUUGUAUUGGCUUCUGCCGUAAUAAUGGUACUUGUUCAGUUAGUUGUACAGAUGCAUCGUGCAGUUUACCGACUUGCCACUGUACGCAUAAUUAUUCGGGUAUACAGUGUGAAAUAAUAGGUAAUAAUACUUGCCAAGCGAAUUCCUGUGUGUACGGAAAUUGUACAACAUCCACAAAUGGCAGUUUUCAAUGCCAAUGUAAUUAUGGCUUUUUUGGAAAUCGAUGUGAAUUGAUCAAUAGUUGUUUAUCAAAUCCUUGUAUACAAGGUACUUGCAUAGUAUCAUCGAAUUGUGUAGGGCUACUCUGUCAAAAUUGUGAAAUUGGUGGAAAUCCUUGUUUAAGUAAACCCUGUCAAAAUAAUGGUACUUGUUCAGUAUUAGCGACUACUUAUGCAUGUCAAUGUCUAUCGCCAUAUGGCGGUACGAAUUGUGAUACAGUUAUAAAUGUAUGCACACCAAAUCCUUGCUUUAACAAUGGUAUUUGUGUUCGAGAUUCAAAAAUCCAAGAUGGAACAUAUCACUGUCAUUGUCAAAAUGGUUAUACUGGUACAAUAUGUGAAUAUUUAAACGGUUGUGUUUCUUCACCAUGUCUUAAUGGUGGUCAAUGUAUUUCAUUGACUAAUAAUUGUUCGUCAACAACAUGUCCUGUUAGUUGUGCUUGUUUGAGCGGUACAAGUGGCGUUUAUUGUGAAAAACAAGACACUUCAUGUUUAACACUUUCUUGUCUCCAUGGCGGAACCUGUUUAACAAAUCUAAUAACCAAUACUUCUUAUUGUCAAUGUCGACCGAAUACUAUUGGUGUUCGAUGUGAAACAAUUCAAUCAAUAUGUACUAGUGCCACAUGUUCAAAUAAUGGCGUUUGUUAUGUAGAUGCAUCAACUGGUAACAAUACAUUGGGAUGUGUAUGUUUUCCAGGUUUUACUGGUCAAUAUUGUCAAUCAUUUAUAAGUUCUUGUAUACAAAAUCCUUGCGGAUAUAAUGGUACCUGUUUUCCUACUUCUAAUUCAUCGUAUUAUUGUAUUUGUCCAACCGGUUUAAUUGGUCCCUCUUGCAAUCCAAGUACAUUAACAUCAUGUUCAGAAUCACCUUGCAAUUAUUUAUCAACAUGUCAGCAACUAACAAAUGCAACUUCAAUAAAUUAUAAAUGCCUUUGUCCUAAAAGUUUAACUGGUGAUCGAUGUCAAUAUGCGAAUUAUUGUGAAAACCAGCCAUGUCAGAAUCAGGGUACUUGUUUACCACUGGGCUCAGAAAAGAGUUUCAUGUGUCUAUGUCAACCGGGAUAUGGAAAUUAUGAUUGUUCAACGUAUUUGGGACGAUCAUGUAGUCCAAGUACAUGUUUAAAUGGAGGCGUAUGUUAUUCUAACAAUGCAAGUAUUCAAUGUAUGUGUCCAUCUGGUUUUGCUGGAGCACGCUGUGAAUGGAAUUCGAUUUGUUCGUCAAAUAGUUGUUCAAAAGGUGGAACUUGUAGACAAACAGCUGCAACAAUGGCUGAAUGUUUAUGUACAACUGGUUUUACUGGCCCAACAUGCAAUUUACGUGAUUCUUGUGCUAAUUUUCCAUGUAAACGUGGUGGUGCCUGUAGAACAUUAGAUGUUGAUACAGGCACGGGGUGGUCAGCAUAUCAAUGUGUUUGUCCACCAGGAUUUUAUGGGACCACUUGCGAUUCAUCGAUAAGUUCAUGUGCAGAUAUGGUGUGUCCUUCAUAUAAAAUUUGUAAUGAACAACCAACAGGACCUGUUUGUACAUGUCCGGGAAGUCAAGUUGGAACGUUUUGCCAAUACGAAAAUCCUUGUAAUCUAUUAUCAUCAUCGCAUUGUUCAAAUGGUGGUACCUGUGUUCCUUCAAAUACAGAUCCUCCAGUCGCUUCAUGUCUUUGUUCGGAAACAUUUACAGGUUUCAACUGCAAUUCAAUAAAACAAAGCAAUCCGUGUGGAAGUAAUCCAUGUCAAACGAAUGGUUAUUGUGCAUUAUCAGCGUCAAAUACUUCAUAUUCAUGCAUCUGCCAGCCUAAUUAUAUUGGAAAUCAAUGUGAAAGAACUAACCCAUGUAUAUCCUCGCCAUGUUUAAAUCAAGGAGUCUGCCAAGGCUAUUGGAAUGCAACAAAUACUUGGUACAUAUGUAGUUGUGUUGGAACAUAUACAGGAACACAUUGUGAAACAUCAUUACUUAAUCCAUGUGGUGGCUUGUGUAUGAAUGGAAGUCCAUGUGUUAACGGAACAUGCGUUUGUCCGGCUCAAUAUACAGGAACAUACUGUGGACUUAAUAAUCCAUGUUACAAUCCGAUUUGUCGCAAUGGUGGCUUUUGUUCAGUAAAUUUCAAUUCAACAAAUGUUUCAUUCACAUGUACUUGUCAAAGCUCUUUCACUAGUCAAUAUUGUGAAACGCCAAUUUCUCCAUCAUUAACUACUAGUUGUCUUCCACAAUGUAACAAUGGUGGUACUUGUGUUAGCGGUGUGUGUGUAUGUGCACCACAAUAUAUCGGGCCAUCGUGUCAAUAUACAAAUCCAUGUUUAAAUAACCAUUCUUGUCUAAAUGGCGGUACUUGUUUUGGUCAAUAUUAUUUAAAUGGAACUUUGUAUACACAAUGUUUUUGUUCUCAAGGAUAUACAGGAACAUUGUGUGAAGCAACACUCUGUUCGCCAACAUCGUGCAAUGGUGGUUCGUGUGUAGCCACUCAAAAUACUAUUUUUUGUUCAUGUCCAAUAGGAAAAGCUGGCGAUCGUUGUCAAUAUACAGAUGCUUGUGCAAAAAAUCCGUGUUCACCAAAUCAGGCAUGCGUACAAAUAGAAAAUCAAUAUCAAUGUAUGGCUUGUUAUGAUAAAAGUACUUUUUGUUCAAUCUAUCAAAAUUAUACCGAAUAUUGUAAUAGUCGUUACGCAUUACUUAUUAAUAAUAUAUUAGUACCCGUGCCAGACGCCUGCCAACUUUCAUGUAAACAAUGUAAUCCGAUAAAAAAUUCGAAUUCUAGUGGACGUGUAUUAACUGAACUCAAUGAUGAUAGUGAUUCGAUAGUGACAGGCAAAUACAAGUAUCUAAUUGAUAAUAUGCAAAUGACUUCAAUUCCAACACAAAAUGAAAUAUCUUCGCAAGAAGAAAAAUGUUUCGAUAGGCGCGAUGAUUGUUCAAUACAAAAAGCAUAUGGAUUUUGUGCAAUUUUUAAUGAGAAAUAUCCCUAUCAUUGCGCGAAAACUUGUGAUCCUGAUUGUGCCAGUCUAUCCUGA